GAUGGCUAUUUGAGGAAGCAGCAGAGUUUGGAUUCAUUAAGACAGAAACGCAAAGACUCUGGACUCAUCACUCAGUUUCUCGUCUUUUCAACAUUUUCUUUUACUUUGCACAGAGCGAGCUGUGAAUCCAAACAGAUCAAAAUGAUGCCCAAACCGUUUGGAAAGAGUGGUGAUGUGAGUGAGCUGGUGAGCUCCCUGGGCUGGCUGGAUGAGGACGGCAGCUCUCAGGACGGAGAUGAAAGCCCUGAGCUGAGAGGGCGACACGACCUAAACGGAGGGAGCCGGAUCCACUCCUGCACAGAGCUUGGUAGUGAGGACAUGGAGGAGGAAGAUGAGGAGGAAGAUGAGGAGGAGAUUGGACCAAACGGAGAAAAUGCUCCCAAAAGAAGGGGCCCUAAGAAGAAGAAGAUGACCAAAGCUCGUCAGGAGAGGUUUCGUGCCCGGCGGGUCAAAGCCAAUGCCAGAGAACGUUCGCGAAUGCACGGGUUGAAUGACGCACUGGAAAGUCUGCGCAGAGUCAUGCCCUGCCACACCAAGACACAGAAGCUGUCAAAGAUUGAGACUCUCCGGCUGGCCCGCAACUAUAUCUGGGCUCUGUCAGAGGUGCUGGAGAGUGGCCAGUCCACAGAGAGCCACGGCUUUGUGGAGAUGCUGUGUAAAGGUCUGUCUCAGCCCACCAGUAACCUGGUAGCUGGCUGCUUGCAGCUGGGGCCCAGUCCCGUGAUGCUCAACAAGCUAGAGGACAAGUGUGGAGGCCCUGGGGUGGGUGGUGUAGGGGGUCAGACCAGCCAUCCUCUCAGCUACCCAUCUCCAGGCCUUCCAAGCCCCCCUUACGGCUCCCUGGAGGCUUCCCAUCUCCUCCAUAUGAAGGGAUACAAGGGGUCUGUGUACGACAACCCCUCCCCUAACGAGUGCAGCAGCGGCACCCCUCCGUACGACGGGCCCCUCACUCCCCCUCUCAGCAUCAGUGGCAACUUUGCCCUGAAGCAAGAGCCUUCUCCCAAUGAGUCAGAGAGGAACUACACAUCCCACACCGGCCACCAUGCCCACUACCUCCCAUCCCACCAUUACCCCUUGUCCACGGCAGGGGGGCCUCAGGGCCAUCCACUUUUUCAGGCCUCUCGUUACGAGAUGCCCCUGGAUGUGGCCUUCGACUCCUUCACUUCGUCUCACAUGAUCAGCUCACAGAUGGGCACACUCUAAAGUGGGAGUGAGCAGUGUAGAGGAUAUUGAAACUGAAAGGGUAAAAGACUUCUCUUGAAUUAACUGCUGUGAAAAGAACAGCUGUGAUACUGACUGUACAGAGAAAAUGGUUUGCAUUUCUGUUGUUUUGGAUUCUGGGAGCUCUAAAGUUUAGAGAAAGACUCACCUCAACUCGAUCUACCUGAUACAAACAUGCACCCAUGACUUUAAAUAAUUAAUGUAAUUUAUAAUUUUUUUUUAUGUUGGUCAUUAUUUGGAUUUUAUUUCUAGCUGUUAAUUUUAUUUCCCCACAUAGUUACUUACAAAAUGACUGGAGAUGAUUUUGCCAAAUCCAUUCAGAACGAGGAUGCCACGUGCGUUUCUGUGAAGUGAUUGGGAUUGAACCAAAACAUGAACACAGUCAGAAAAUGUCUGCAUUUAUGAAAUAAAAUUGAUCAUAAAGUCAUCCAAACUUAAUUGUGCACAACCAAUGCUCCCCUUGGCCAUAAAAAAAACCAAUGCAUUUAUUUAUAUCAGUAUUUAAUAUUUAUUUUGAUAACGUCUUGUCCUUUUUAAAAUAAUUUUCUCAGCACAUCUUUUUUUUUGUUCACUGUCUUCUUGGUUUGGUGUAAGUUACUGUCAUCUGUACUGUAUUUAAUUUAUUUAUUUGAGGUCU